AUGGCACCCAUACUCAUACUCCAUGACGGGCUACGGGAUCGAACGGUUGUCCCGUUCAUCGAACAUGGCAGCCAGUUCAUCCGGUCGGCGGUAGUAAUGGUAGUCAUAUAUAAUCCCAGGCAACGCGCCUCCGGGAGACAUCGUCCGUCUAUGGUCGACGCGACGAUCGUAGCUGCGCGGAUCUGCACGGAUCGAUCCGGAUAUGUGUGCGGCCACCAGGAAGUCGUCCUCGUUGCCGAUUUCGAUGUGCCGAACGGACCAUGGGUCCUCUCGACCAUUUGCACGCAUGCCUCCGUACGUGCUGUUUGGCGGACCAAGUAG